CGCCGUCCAUUCUUCAUAACCUGCUAGUUCACCGACAAGGUCAACCCCGCUCUUCUCACCUUUUGGAUAACGGGACUGGUCGGAGUGGACUUGGAGGCGUGGCUCAUUCUCCUCGUUCUCUACCUGGUUUCUGUCCACAUCCUUGGUCGGCCUCUCCAGGACGAUCUCCCAUUCAUCAUCAUUGCGUCCUCGCCCAAGGCACGUGCCCCCGGGUCCCCGUCGCAAGAAAUUGUCCACGAGGUCGUCGAAGAAGUCAUGGAGCAUGCCGUGCGACAAGCUGAAGCUGACCCCAUGGAGGUGGCCCCUGACGAUUCAAUCAGAGGUCCUAUCGCCGCCGAAAAUCGGACGGCGGGUUUCAUUCCCGUGCCCCUCCCGGGUAGAGCCAAUCGCUUUGGCGAUUCUGGCUCCCAUUUGCUCAAUGUUCUCUUCUCCAUGGCAUGGACGGAUCGGAUUUUGACUGCUGGAUUGGAUAAGCACAAUCAAAUCAUGGCCAGAAAAGACGGAGUGGUGGCCUUGUUUUACCGCACUUUCCUGCAUGUGGCCGCCAGUUUGUGGACCAUGGCUCAAGAUGUGUAUCACUACAUCAUUGCAACAGCCUCGGAACGACUCCCAGAAGGCGUGACGAAGAGAAUGGUGGACACAGAAGAGCGAGCGGUUAGGGCCCUUGUGGAGUGGGAUUCAGCCGUAGCCACCCGAUUGAGCGACUGGAUCACCAAAAUGGAACAUUUCUUGGAGAUCUCUUUGAAACGUUACCGCAAACGCAUAUUUCACCUGGCCGAAGCCCUGAAGCCUUCCACUCUGAUGAAUAAAUAUUGGAUGGGCAACAUGAACAAGCCAAAGAAUGCUAAGAGGGCGCAAGAAGACUAGACCGACGAUUUUUUUUAUUCUACACCCCCAUAAUGAGCUGUAAUCACUGUUUAACCUGUAUAAUUUUUGGACCAUUUCCUUGAAACCAUUUCACGUCUCCGCUUGGAAGAAUCUACUCCUUUAUUCUCUUUCAUCAUGCAA